AUAAGCAUGUGCAAUAUCAUUUUGAAGUGGAAGGCCUUACUAUCACGAUGGCAGACAUAAAUAACUUGAUUCUCCUCAUGUCGAAGAUUCAAGGGGAACUAGACGAGACAAAACGGAAAUUAAAACAAGAGGAAGCAGAAAAAGAACGUGCUUUAACUCGACUCAGUUCCAUAGCUGGGGCGAAGUUGGCUCAUAAUAAUCCAGGACUGACUGAUCUAUCGGACAAAUACAGGCCGCAAAAAAUCGGAGAACAUUUCAGCGAACUGUACGACAAUGAGUGGACGGAGGCUGUCCAUCAGCUGACUAGGGGCAGAGACGAGGAAAUGGCCAUUCAGAUGAUCAGGGAUGUUCUCAAGUUUGUUGCCAACAAAACGAAGUGCUGGGCUGACAAACAGUACAAGAAUUUACAAGAGGCAUUGUUCCAGAGAGACCUGAGAGAUUCAGAAGCAGGUCGCUUCAUAACAACUUACAAGAAAAUCUCCGAACUUCAAAAGGAGGUGGCUGUUUUAUCUAUAUCUAAUGCCAAAAAGUGGCUGAAAGAGGACGAGGAAUUCGUAUCAAAGUACAAAGACGUCUUGUUACACUGUGAACCAUUUAUAGACAGGAGUAUAGAGGUCUGCUGGAUGAUGCAAAUCCAAGAUCCGCCCAUGUAUUUACAAUUUGAUUCAACGAAGAAUAUAGACAAAAGCCUGUUCAGACUCUUCACUAAAAACGGCAGAAGCCUCGAUUUCGUUGUAUGGCCAGCGCUCUUGCUACAUGAAAAUGGACCUCUUGUUCAAAAAGGUGUGGUCCAGCCAAUGAAAGAGAAUUCCUCUAAAAAAGAAGCAUCUUAAAAGCAAUAGAUAAAUUUUGUAACAGUCAGUAGUUAAAACACUUACAAUACCGUCGCUGGCCGACGUACAGGCUGUAUUCUAGUCAAAUUGUGUUCAGUUGAAAAAUCUUGACUAUAGUUUUUACGUCUGAUGAUACAUAAAAAUAUAUUUGGGUCAUUUAUAAAUCAACAUAUCAUUUUU